AUGGAAACGAUUGCCAAGCCUUCUCAAGCUGACGAGGCCCAGUCAACGCAUCAAUGCGUCAUUGCGGCUGGUACGGACGCAGCUACGGCUACGGAUGCUCGAAGCUGCACGAGACUGAUUGUCGAGUGCCGUCGCACAAGACGCUGGCAGACUGCGAUUAGAUUGCUGCAGGCCGUGCUGAACCGUCAGCUGGAAACGUCUGUUCACGUACAUAGUGCGAUCGUGAGUGCAUGUGAGCAUGCUACAUGGUGGCACCACGCUCUUCAGCAUUUCGUAUCAACACGCAGGGCUCAUAAGCUGCAGCUUGACGCGAUCAUCUUCAGUGCGGCCAUUUCUGCCUGUGGGAAGGGUUCCUUGUGGCUGUCGGCACUAGCAUUGUUGGCGUCGAUGACAAAGCAGCAACUCCUACCCAAUCAGGUGACCUAUGGUGCCCUCGCCGCAGCCUGCGAAAAAGCGGCAACCUGGAGAGCAGCCAUCGCAAUCCUGCAGCAGGCUUUGCAGCAAGAUCAGACAGGCCUCAUCAUCAACAGCUCUGUGCUGAGUGCCUGCGAGAAGUCCACAGCGUGGCUGGCAGCUGUUAGCCUGAUCCGGACACUUGCUGCCAGCACUCGGUUAGACAUGAUUGCUUCCAGUGCCGUAAUUUCAUGCAGUGAAAAAGCUGGACGAUGGCUCCAAGCCGUGAGCAGCUUGUCCGGGCUUUUGUUGAGCGGUAUUUCUCCGAGCGUCGUAACGAUGAAUGCCUUGGUCAGCGCCUGCGAGUGGAAUGGUCAAUGGGAGCGGGCUUUGGUGAAGCUCACUUUGUUAGCAAGGCUACUUCAGCCAGAUGUAGUGAGCUACACGGCCGCCACAGCAGCGUGUGGUGCAAGCGGCAAGUGGCUAGAUGCCAUGCUGCUGUGGGCAGCCAUGCGGUCUGGUGGAGUGAUCGCGAACAUAAUCAUGCACAAUUCGCUGAUCAGUGUAUGCGAAGAGUCUGGACAAUGGGAGAUCGCAUUGGACGUGUUCGAGCAUAAAGUGCCGCGUCGGGCCUACACGACGGUAACCAUCAACUCGGCCGUCAGCGCUUGCACCCGAGGCUGA